AUGGCGAGAUAUUCUUCCAUUUUUCCGUCGAUUGCCGGUCGAUCUCAAGCCGAAAUUAUCAAAGAUACGGAAAACAUUGAAAUAACUGUAAAGAAAAAAUGUCUCGAACAAGGAUUCACAGAGGACGAUCUCUGUCCAUUCACAUUACAGUGGUCCUUCGGAUUAAAUCCGGAAGUACCGGUCAUAAAUCUAACUACUGAAAAUCGUACGUUAUUGGCGUACGCCUGUUCGCACAUAGCAAUAAUUUACAACUAUAUUUCAAAGAAAAUGUUACCACUCCUAGGUCACCAAAAUCCUAUUAAAAUGUUGUCAACCUCGCGUGACGGCAAGUGGUUACUAACAGCGGAUUCCGGAAAGAACAGUGUAGUAAUAAUUUGGGAUACAGAAAAGGGGAUUUCCGUUUGCACUUUAUUUAAUCCACAUAAUAGUGAAGAUAUCACAAUUGCUGCUAUUAGUCCUGAUGCUAAACAAAUAGUCACCGUUGGCGGUGGAAGAUAUCAGAAUGUGCAUUUCUGGUUAUGGACUUAUAGAAGAGACAAACCAGAUGCAUCGACUUCGUUAAUCAACAUUACUGAACGUGUCAAGGGAAUAACUUUCAACGACGAAUGUCCGGAACAAUUUGCAUUGACGACCGAUUAUCACGUUUUAUUCCUAACUUGGAAUGGUCACGCUUUGAUUUACGAUUGUCCCAAAGUUAUGACAAAAGUUCAACAUACUGGUGUCUUUAAUGCAUCAUGCUACGUUUCAAAAAUACAACAAGUAUUUACAGCAAGUACAAAUGGCUAUAUUUUAGUAUGGGACAAUAUUUCCUACGAAGACAAGCAUGAUGAUAAUAUUUAUAAAAAGAAAAAACAUAGAAAGACUCUUAACUUACAGAAAAGCAGUAUUACUGUUAUUAUUGAUAACGAAGGUAUGCUUGUUACGGGAAAUUCAAAUGGUCGUGUUACUUUCUAUGAUUACCAAUUGAGACUUUUAUAUUGGUGUGAAACUUGUGAUCUUGAUUCCAUUCGAUGGCUAAGUUUCGAUCUUCAAUCUAAUUUGUUAGCUCCGAUAUUUGCCGUCGAUGUAAAAAGUAAGCUUUAUUUUGAAAGCCUGAUAAAAAAAUAUUUAUAUAUCGAAAUGAUGUAUAUUAAUGGAUCUUCAAUGUCUUUUUAUUAUUAUAAAGGAAGAAAAGGAAAUUCACGAAAAGAAUAUUUAUUUUUUUUAGGCGAUAUGUUAGUGUGUGGUUUGGAGAACGGGGCGAUCUGGAUUCUACAUCAUAUCACCUUAGAUCCUAUAGAUGAAAUACCAUAUAAGCAUUCUUCGGCAGCCAUUAAUAAAAUUACUUUCACACGGUGUGCCGAAUACAUGGCUUAUGCAGAUAACGCGUUGACUGUAGUAGUAUUUAAGAGAAAUAAUACGGCCGUCGCUUCAGAAUACAAUAUGUGGAACUUGAUCGGAAAAUAUCAUUCGCAUUAUUUACCUAUCAAAGAUAUACUUUUCGGCCCGGCCGCAUCCGAUUCCGAUGUACCGCGGUUUUUCUCUUUGGGAGAGGAUCGAGAGCUCGUCGAAUACGAUCUCGCGCACAGCGGACCAUAUCCAGUACCAGGACUUAAAAUCUUGCGUAUCGAUCAGAUCGAACAAAAUGCCAUUCCUCUUUGCCUCGCGUGGUAUCCUGUGUCCAGCAUUGAAAAAUUUUUUAUGAUCUCAAAUUCUGAAGUAAUAGUCCUGCGAUACAAAUAUAAGAUCUUCAGUGAUGCUACCAAGGUAAUUUGCGGUACUUAUUUAGGACCCACGUUCGCAAAGCCAGUAAAAUAUAUUCAAAUCUUAACUGAUAAAGUUAUUGACAAUGGCUAUGUGGUAUUUGCGACCGAUAGAGAAAUUGGUCUUCAGUUAAUGCCUUUUGAUGGUAAUCCAUACAAGAUUGUCGGCAUAACUGGCCAUCCUCAAAAAGUUAGAUACUCUAUAUAUUUAUGUAACAACUGGCAUACACGAAAGACUAUUAUGAUCCAUUUUUAUUUACAGAUAAUAGGUAUCUCUGUCAGCUACAAUAAAAAAAUACUUUUUACCGCAGGUUAUAACGAUCCAUGUGUGUUAAUGUGGAAAAUCAAACUGAAAUCUGUUGACAUAAUGGCACGAUUAGGCGGAGAAGGAUUAUCGCCGUUUUAUUGCCUCAUCAAAGGUGGGAAAAAAGGAUGGUUAGUAAAUGAGAUGAAGGCUCUGUUCUAUUAUGCGCAGAUAUUACAUCAAGGCGAGAAUACGACCGCUGCUAGAAUCAUCUCCGAUACUGUGGUUGUCGAUCAAAUUUCAAAUCUUAUGCGAGCUAUUGGAUAUUUUCUGACCGACAAAGAAGUAUCACAAAACAAAAUAUCUGUUUUGAAGAUAGAGAAUAUUAUGACAGAAAUAUGCUACAAACGUUACGUUAAAACCGAUAAACUUGUCCAAGAGAUCACUUUUGAAGAAUUCGUACGACUGUAUGUGAAUCACCGACCGGUGUUUGAAAUUUGCAUGCGUCACAUAAAGGAAGCUUUUCGUAUGCUCAUCAAAGAAAAUUCCGACAGUAUAAAAAAUCCUACUUUAACGCGAAAGCAGCUUGUGGAUAUUUUAUUAGGAGGAACGGUAUUGAAAACUUUACUGAAAGAAGAUGAAUCUAUUGGUGAACCGUUGACUUUGCAAGAAGCAUAUACAAAUCUCAAGACACUCGUGUUUCCCAAAGAGGAAAUGGUUGAGACUCAACUAAGUCUGCCUCCAAAAUCCAUAUCCUUCAAUUUCCAUUUCCUUCCGGAGAGGAUAUCUUACAAAGAUUUUACCAUGGACAUCGUGGGUGUUGAAUCGUUGGAGGAAACUAUGGCUGACAAUUGA